UGUACUUUUCCUCGAUUUACAGGUCCGGAAGCAUUCUAUGUUGAUAGAAUUAUGCGUUACAUUUUUACUGCUUAUUCAAAUCUGGAUACCCAUGGUGGCCUUAAAGAAAACGAACGUUGACGAAUUCAUGGUGGAAAACCAGAGGACGCAUACAAGACAGAACUACGUGGUGCAGAGGGCGAAUGAUGAUGUACCGGAUGACAAUAUCGGUGUAGCGUACGCUACUGAAUUACUUAGCCCACGCACGAAUCCUGAAGAGUUACCAGCUUUAAUCGUCGACUACGCUAACAUGAUCCGUAACGACAUAAUCUUAUUAGACAAAUCCGUAGAAACGAGAACAAGAAAACGUGGAAACAUUAAGGUGAAUAAAUAUAAUCGAGGCGUACAUGAAAUACCUUGUAGCUGUGAAGAACGAGGAGAAUUAAGGUACCUAGGUCCCCAGUAUGUGCCCAGUACUAUAGAAAGUAGAAUAUGCAAUAAGGAUCUCUGUUCGUCAGAUUUUGGAUGCCAAAUACGAAUGUACAAUAUUACUGUAUUAAAAAAGAAGGAGCGUUUGGAUGAAGAUUCAUCUGAAGAGUUACCCGACGAAAUCAGAAAGCAUUGGGUCGCUGUUAAAAAACCUAUUACCAUUGCUUGUUUCUGUACCAACGAAUAUCGAGAACGCUACUAAUU